CAUGAAUCUAACGGGAAGGUUGGUGGGGCAAUUUGGCAGCGCAGUUCUUGCGACCGUCAGCGGUGGUCCGAUAACGAAACUCCAACCCCUACAAAGGUAAUAAUAUGGACGUUGGUUCUCUCUUCGCUCUGAAGAAUGCGAAAGGGAAGAAGAAGGCCCCGACGGGCACUUCUGCCAGGGAGGGGCCCUCUCAGCCUGCUGUCGCCGCCGCUGGCGCCGGAGGGUCCAGGGGUGCCGGGCCCGUGAAGAAGAAGAACGCCGGCAAAGGGACUGAGCCCCACGCCAAGAAGCCGAAGACUAACGCCCCUGUCAAACAGCCGGUCACCGAUGUGGUGGUGAUCGUUGACGAAGGACACGCCUCUGCCUCCACCCCCCAGGAACAAAUCAACCAGGAGUUCUUCGGGCGGGAGAAAUUGGAGGCGUUAGUACCGAAGGGAGCCUCCGUGUUGGAGGGCAGCCUGAACCCUUCGGCGCUGAUGAGCCAGAUGAUGCCGUCGGCUGAUCGACUAGCCCUUGCCCGGUUGGACGAGGGAUCCCUCGAGGCGAAGGUCCUUCUGAAUGCUGCCUCCAGCUUUAUGGGCCUCUGCGAGCACCUCCGGAGGGUGGAGCAGAUGAGGGAGGCCAAGGGUGCAGCCGAGGGGGAGGCCGCCCUCCUCAGGAAGAAGCUUGCCGAAGCUGAGGACUCUCUCCGCCUAGCUACCGACGGCUUGGAGCAGAGGGUGCAGGCUGCAAGGGCUGAAGGGGUGAACGAGGGACUGGCCAGGGCCGGGGAGGCCGCUGCCGAGGCCGCCCGCAUUGCUGCUGAUGAAGCCCGCGCAGCUCAAGAAGAGACCGUCUCCAAGGCCCGAGAGGAUGCGGUGGCCAGCUUCACUGCCGAGGGAUGGAUGGCUGAAGACCGGAGGGAGUGGCUUGCUUCGGUGGUGGGGGCUUCGGUGGACGAGUGGGUCGGAGGCCCUGGAAAGAUGUGGCUUGCUGAGAGGGGCGACUCGUACUACUGUUAGACCCCUUUUUGGCGGGUCUAUAUCGAGACAUCGCAUUGGCUCGAUAGGGUGGCUUCGGGGCAUGGGAUGCGACCAAAGUCAUCAUGGCGAGGCGUCGCCAAGGCAAAGGCAUGCUGCGGCAUUGCUUUGCGAGGAACGGGCAAGGUGGAAGUUUGGCUAAGGCAUCGGGACUUAGUCAAGUCAAGGCAAGCUAGACCUAGUAUGUGGGCAGAACGGUUAGCGUUGCGAGAAACCAUGUUCGGUUCGUGGACGGCAUGACAUGGUCAAGGUGGGUUAUGGGUGUGUUGGUUCGGCAUGUGAUCCAAGUGUUGGUGAAGAUCAGUGGCAUGCGUGGCAUGGCUUACGGGAUGCGGAACAACAGGUUGGAUGCACGGCAAAAGCAAGUGGCUCAAGGUGGCACGUGGGUGACUCAAGGGAGUGCGUGGUGCGUGGCCAGGCUUGAGCCCGGGGCGUGGCUGUCCUUGGGCAGUCACGACUAUUGGGAGUUCAGUGGCAACGAGGGUUGAUUGGCCGGUUGACAAGUGGGACUUGGGCAAGCUGGGCGCAAGGCAACAAGAGUUGGUUGGCUGGUUGACAAGUGGGACUUGGGCAAGCUGGGCGCAAGGCAACGAG